AACUCAUCCAUCAAUCGGUUCCACAUCUGGAGAAGACUAACGGAACUAUUAUUGAUAUUUCAAGUAUCGCCGCAAUUGCACCGAUGAAAUCAUUGGCCUAUGCAUCGGCCAAAGCAGGUAUGGAUAUGUUGACCAAAAUAUUAGCACUGGAAUUGGGGCCCAAAGGUAUUCGUGUCAACACUAUUAAUCCGGGUGUAACUCACGUGAGAGACCCAAUACAACCCUUUGAAGAGUAUGCGCCAAAAGUGACGCCAUUGAGACGCAAUGGUCAACCCCUAGACAUCGCCCGUGCGGUCGCAUUCCUGGCCUCCACUGACGCACACUUUAUUACCGGCGCUAAUCUGGUGGUCGACGGCGGACUUGUAUACAACGCCGGUUAUAAUCUU